CCGCUUUCCUCGCGUCCCAGGCGGCACCGGGACGGUAGAGGGACAACUUGGAAAACUUUAAGGUGACAGCAGAGACGCAGGGCGCCGGCGGAAGAGGAUGUAGGAGGACGGUGGCUGGCCGCAGGUGUCCCCGGACCUCUUAGGUCCCGUUUGGCCAGGACAUGGGGCUCCGGCUUCCAGCGCCCCCCCGGGGCGACACCCUAGUGUAGCCGAGCAGGGUGGCGCGUGGUCCCGCAGUGCGCGCUUGGCGAUCCGCGCUCUCUUUGGUCCCGUCAUGGACCACCAGGAGCCCUAUUCCGUGCAGGCCACCGCCACCAUCGCAGCAGUCAUCACCUUCCUCAUUCUCUUUACCAUCUUCGGCAACGCGCUGGUCAUCCUGGCUGUGCUGACCAGCCGCUCCCUGCGCGCACCGCAGAACCUGUUUCUGGUGUCGCUGGCUGCCGCCGACAUCCUGGUGGCUACGCUUAUUAUUCCCUUCUCGCUGGCCAACGAGCUGCUGGGCUACUGGUAUUUCUGGCGCACGUGGUGCGAAGUGUACCUUGCGCUCGACGUGCUCUUCUGUACCUCGUCUAUCGUGCAUUUGUGCGCCAUCAGUUUGGACCGCUAUUGGGCCGUGAGCCGCGCGCUGGAGUACAACUCCAAGCGCACCCCGCGCCGCAUCAAGUGCAUCAUCCUCACCGUGUGGCUCAUAGCGGCCAUCAUCUCGCUGCCACCUCUCGUCUACAAGGGCGACCAGGGUCCCCAGUCCCAUGGACGCCCUCAAUGCAAACUCAACCAAGAGGCUUGGUACAUCUUGGCCUCCAGCAUCGGAUCUUUCUUUGCUCCCUGCCUCAUCAUGAUCCUGGUUUACCUGCGCAUCUACCUGAUUGCCAAGCGCAGCCACCGCAGAGGUCCCAGGGCCAAGGGUGGCCCUGGGGAGGGUGAGUCAAACCAGUCUCGUCCUGCCCCUGGGCAGCCUCCAGCCCCAGCCAAGGUGCCACCCUUGACCUCACCACUGUCUUCUGCCGGAGAGGCCAAUGGAAACCACAAGCCCAUUGGGGAGAAGGAGGAGGGAGAGGCCCCUGAAGACCCUGGGAACAGGUCUCUGCCACCCAGCUGGGCUGCAAUGCCCACCUCAAGCCAGGGCCAGAAGGGUGUCGGCAUAGCACCUUCGGAGGAGGAAGCUGAAGAGGAGGAGGAACGUGAGCCUCAGGCAACGCCAGUCUCUCCUGCCUCGGUGUGCAGCCCGCCCCUGCAGCAGCCACAGGGGUCCCGGGUGCUGGCCACCCUGCGUGGCCAGGUGCUGCUGGGCAAGGGCGUGGGUGCUGUGGGUGGGCAGUGGUGGCGUCGUCGGACCCAGAUGACUCGGGAGAAGCGGUUUACUUUUGUGCUGGCCGUGGUCAUUGGUGUCUUUGUGCUGUGCUGGUUCCCCUUCUUCUUCAGCUAUAGCCUGGGUGCCAUCUGUCCCCAGCACUGCAAGGUACCCCAUGGCCUCUUCCAAUUCUUCUUCUGGAUUGGCUACUGCAAUAGUUCGCUGAACCCCGUCAUCUACACCAUCUUCAACCAGGACUUUCGCCGUGCCUUCCGAAGGAUCUUGUGCCGCCGGUGGACCCAGACAGCCUGAGCAGGACGCCAGCUUCCCCAUUUCCCAGGAGGUCCUGCUGCUGCUGAGGAAAAGGAAGAAUGAAGACCGUUCAUCCACUCUGGGCUCCGUGGGCCCCAUGGGGCGCCGGGAGGGGUUUAUAGGCUGAAAUGCCUCUGGACCCUUCUCCCUUCUGCUCUGGGAUCUGAGGCUCCUUUAAAGAACAGAACUAUGGAUCACUUUUGUCACCUGGCCCCCUCCGGCAGGCAGGUGGGCAUGCGGAUGCCUCGAUGGGAGCUCCCUGAUGGCUGGCAUUCAGCCCCUGAAAAAAUCAGGGCGACAAUAGCUCGCCGCCUACUUGCUGCAGGGAGAUGAAAGGCUUUGCAGAAAGCUUUGAGCUCCACAGGGGAACGCACUGGAGAACCAGCAGAAGUGAUUAUCCGGUGAUAUAAAAAUCCCUUUUUGCGUGUGUUUACCACCACCCGCCUUUCUGGAGGCUCUUGUUCUGUUUCCGGGGUGUGUGAAUUCCUGCCCCAGCUUGGAAGUGGCGAAUGGCACACAGAAUCACUAUUUCGAGUUACAGAAAUUCUUUGAGAAUGUGUUCUUGCGCCCACAGAGAUUUGGGUUAUUGUGUUGGGUGACAGCUUCUCCACAUGUCACCUAUGACAUCAAGAGGGUUUUCAGUGACUUUGGCUUCCACCUCCAUGAGGGGAUGUCUUUUGUCUGCAGUGGGCAAAUAGUUUUCCUGAGACAGCUAAAAAUCGCUACACCAUGGAAGCUGUCUGUGCAGAGAGCCCAGGAGGGUGGCAGAGUCCCCUGGCAGUGUGCUGAGGCUGGGGCAGGCAAGCUGGGACCCAUAGACUCGUCAGGAGCUGCCUGUGCAGUGCCUGGGGAAGCUGCUGGGCCAGUGAGGUCCUUGUGCUGCAUCCACUGGUCCCACCAGUGGAUCACUUGCCCAUGCCUAGAGUUCUGCCGUGAUGUGAGCUAUGGCCGAGGGGCCUCACCUUCCUUGUUCUCUCCCUGCCCCCAAAACUGGUGCCUGGAACAAUUGGACACCUGCAAAAGACAUUUUCCAGCCGUCCCUAUGGCUUGUCUGGCUGCAUACUGGGCCAGCAGGCCUCCUAGCUUGGGGAGCAGGGGCCGGGCUGAGCAGCAGAAGCUCUUGGUGCUCUGAUGGGCCUGCCAGAUUGGGAAGAGAGUCACCCCAGGGGAGGAGGGGUGUCCUGCCUGGUCCUCACUUGAUUGCACUUGUGAGCCAGGACACUGUCCUGUGCUGCGGUGGGGAGGCUGGGCUCAGCAGACCAACCGGCUGGUGACCAUCCUCUGGCUAAUCACAUGUAUCCUGUAGGAGCCUUGAGAUUAUGGCUUGUAACAUGCAAGUGGUUUUUUUUUUUUUUUAAAGUCUGAGCUAUUUUAUCAAUAAAGGAUAUUUUGUA